AUGGGGUUUGGUUUUGUCAUCAGGAAUCAAGAAGGAUCGCUUAUUGUUGCCAAGGGAGUUCCUUGGAAUGGUUUGUUUCAACCAAAAGAAGUUGAAGCAAUGGAUGUAGGAGAGACCUUGAGUUGGCUAAAAGGAGGACUGUCUCACGACACUAACGAACAAACCCUAAGGGAUUACUUUAGUAAAUAUGGAGAGAUCAAAAGCUCUGAGACCAUUAGAGACAGAAUCACUGGUUUGGGCAGAGGUUUUGCUUUUAUCGUGUUCGCAGACAGCUCUGUUGUUGAACAUGUCUUGAGUGAUACCUAUGUCAUCCUUGGAAAAAAGAAAUUUAGAAAUAAACUUAUUUUACAAGCAUAUUAUUUCCCGUUUGCCUCUCAUUCCCUCGCUUUUGGCGGUUCAUCUACAACAUUGCUGCUCCUUCCUCAUAGGCAAAUGCUACAAGUAUUGAAGAUAGGGUGCUACUAUUCUCUCAGUCUCAGAAAUAUUGCAGUUGUUUCAAAGAAACGGGAAAUUAAGGGGCUGUUUUCUGUAAAAUUGAGAGCAAUGGCUUCGAAUAGACGGCUUUCGAGUUCCUCCGCUGCUGCGAAACCGAGUGAAGUUCCGAGCAUUGGAUCAUCUCGGCCUGGGAAAGCCACUGCCAAGGAGAGUUGUGAAAGUGGUUUUGAAGAUGAUAUUGAAAGUGUAAAGAAAAUGACUGUUCAACAACUCAGAUUAAAGCUUAGGAGUGCUGGAAUUCCUGCUAGAGGUUCCAAGCAUGAGCUUGUCUUGGCCUUCAAGAGUUUCCUGAAUGACACGAAAAAUGGUAAUGGAUCCCUGGCAGUGGAAGAUCAGGUAUAUCCUGAAGAGAAGCUUUCAGAUAUUGCUGAAAACACUUCAAAGAGGAACUCCAAAAGAGUCUCAACUAAAGAUGUCCUAAGUAUAAAUGUUGCUUCAGAAGUUUCUCAAAUUAAAAGAACUAAGAAAAGAGUAGAGCAAGAUCCUAUUGAUAUUAAAGAUGAGCAACAAAUAAAGGAUCAAGAACUCUUGGUGGAGUCCAAUGUGGUGGGAGGUAAGAGGAAGGUACAAGCUAAAAGGAAAGUCAUUUCUGAGAGUGUUAAUCUUUCUGUAAACCAUGAUGAACCUUGGACAAUUUUUGCUCACAAGAAGCCACAGGAUGGGUGGAUUGCAUACAAUCCCAAAACUAUGAGGCCUCCUCCUCUUACUGGUAGUCAUAAAGCUUUGAAGUUAAUGUCAUGGAAUGUAAAUGGCUUGAGAGGUUUGCUGAAGUUGGAGAGCCUUUGCAUAAAGCAACUUGCACAAAGAGAAGACUUUGAUGUUUUGUGUUUGCAGGAGACUAAAUUGCAGGAAAAAGAUGUUCAGGUAAUUAAAGAGAGUCUUGUAGAUGGAUAUGAUAAUAGCUUUUGGACAUGCAGUGUCUCUAAGCUUGGAUAUUCUGGUACUGCUAUCAUUUCUCGGAUUAAACCACUUUCUGUAAAAUAUGGUCUAGGCAUCAUAGAUCAUGAUUCAGAAGGGAGGCUUGUUACGGUGGAAUUUGAUGAUUUUUAUCUAUUGAGUGCAUAUGUUCCUAAUUCUGGUGAUGGCCUAAGACGAUUGUCAUAUAGAACCACACAGUGGGACCCUUCUCUCAGCGAUUAUGUUAAAGAAUUAGAAAAGUCAAAACCUGUUAUUCUAACGGGUGAUCUGAACUGUGCUCAUGAAGAGAUAGACAUCUACAAUCCUGCAGGAAACAAAAGAAGUGCAGGUUUUACAGAUGAGGAAAGACAAUCAUUUGAAACAAACUUCUUAAAGAGGGGACUUGUAGACACGUUUCGGAAACAGCAUCCAGGUGUUGUUGGAUAUACUUAUUGGGGAUACAGGCAUGGAGGACGUAAAACUAAUAAAGGAUGGAGGCUCGACUAUUUCCUCGUAUCAGAAUCCAUUGCGGACAAGGUUUAUGACUCAUACAUUGUCCCAGAUGUUGCCGGCAGUGAUCAUAGUCCAAUUGGACUAGUGCUAACGCCUUAGAUGUGGGAUCCUGAAGUUCAAGUCAAAUCCGAUUCUCCUGAGUCUUGAUGGGUACAAAUCCAGAAAUGAUAUUGGACUUUUAGAAGGAAGCAAAUGGGAAGCCAUGUUUUUUUUUUUUUGUGUGUGUGUGUGUGUACAAUAUGCAGUUUGUACUUUGUAGCAGGCAUCCCAUGAAGAACUAUGAUCUUGCACUGGCUACUUCAACACACCACCAAAUAUGUACCAAUAUUAUGGGUUAAUAUUAAUAUAUUUUAAUAAUAUUAACCCUAAUUUUUCAACUUUUCAGACAACCAACCACUUUGCCAUUGUACGCCUGCAUUCUCCCAGUCUCACUAGAGAACUUAUCACUAAUGGCCUGUUUGGUAGCUUAUUCCUA